GUGUCACUUCGUAUCGCACCUCUACGAACACUUUUUUCUAUACUUUUAAUCAGACAUACAUUGCGAGUGGCAAGUAAUCAGUGCGGAGUUCGAAAUCGUUUGCAGUUGCAAUUGCAACCACCAUCUGAUGCACGAGCAAAAAAAAGGUUGAUUGUGCAGUGUAGGAUUCAGUAUCUCUCGGAUGGGCCGUUUCUUCCACCAAGGAAGGUGUAAUUCAUGUGGCGCGGUACAUAGUGACGCUGAGCGACCGCAUAUUUAGGUGGAAACUAGUUUUCUUUCAGUAGUACUUCUGUGGCGAGUGAGGGCUGCCCCGUUUGCAUACUUUCGAGCAUCAGCCCAAGACUCCUUGGGUGGAGAGUGUGAAUGGUGGACAAAGUUUUUCAGUGUUGAUCCCCUUGGCGCUCGUCGUCGACGGUUGCGCUAAAUACCGCAAUCGACAAUCAAGCGUGGGGCUGCGCGCUGGCUGGACCUCGUAUUGAAGGUUUCUCAGUUUUUCCAGUGCCAUCGAAUUGAAAUACUGCAGACACUCCAGUUGUAGCACUGUUUACGUGAACAAGGCUAGGGCCUUCAUACGAGAUAUUAGCUUAAAAGGAGAAAAAGUUAAAGUGCCUGGUAGCAGAAGAAAAAGUUACAAACGAAUCUAGUGUGGUGUUGAAAGGAAGAAAAAAAACAAAGUUAUUCUGCGAAAUAAGAGCAACUUGAGAUUGCGCACGGAUUGGUGAAGUGCUGCCGAAAAAAGAGAAUUUGCGGUUCUUGGCUUAAGCGUCGCCCUUGGUGUGCGGGGAAUAUUGGAAUUUCUCACAUCCUACGGGAAAUGUAAACCUGGUGAAGAGAUCUGGAGCGCGUAUGAUUCCGUGAACGAAAGGAACAUCGUCUGCAGAGUGUGCGCGAGUAGUAAUUGGUUAAAAUCACAUCGACAAAUAGCAAAAAGGAACCCAAUCGCAGAGGUAAACCUGCAAUGGGGUCUUCUAUUUACAAGUGCAGUAACCAGUAACUAAUUGAGAUCUAGUAUUGGCUCGCAUUGCCAGUAUUAUUAGUGGAAAAUUUUUGACGAAAAUCACUGCUGAUGAAUAAUUUGCUUAAGUCGUACAGAGAGCGCGACAUAAAGUGUCCGAGUGUCGCAUUCAGAUUAGUGAAGGUAAAAUCUUUCAAAGUGGCUCGAAUCAAUUGAAGCGCCAGGGUAAUGUGAAGAAAGUGGCUAAUCACAAUCCACGGAAAGCAAGAAAAGUAAGAAAGGUAGCGCGAAAUAGCUAAGAAGGAAGUGUUCGGGUGGCAAGCGGUCGCAACGGUGGAAAGAAAAUAGGUUUCAGUCACUAGAUUUUGUUCAACUGUGUUCAAGAGGCAACCGCACUGGAGGAGAAACAAAAUUAUGCCAAAAAGCUCCAGCAAUGCAGAUUUACCACUCGGCUGGGAGAUUAAUACCGAUUAUGAUGGAAAGGUUUAUUUUAUUGAUCAUAUUAAUAAAAAAACCACUUGGAUCGACCCUCGUGACAAACUCACCAAGCCUGAAACGUUUGCUGACUGCAUCGGAAAUGAGUUGCCUUUCGGCUGGGAGGAAGGCUACGACCCACAGAUUGGAACGUACUAUAUCAAUCAUAACUCACAAACGACCCAGCUCGAGGAUCCCCGGUUGGAAUGGAAAAGUAAGCAGGAAGAGAUGUUACGCGAGUAUCUCUGCUCCGCACAGGUCACACUGGAGGCAAAGAAGGAGAUCUUUAAUGUAAAAACACAACGACUGCACCUAGCCCAGGAGGAGUACAACCACCUGAACACGCUGGCCGCCAGUAGGACUAGUUUAUGUUCUUCCACAAGUUCAUGUAGUACAAAAUUCGAUCCAGAGCUUCUGCGGGCAGAUCUCGCCCUAGCCAAGGAACGCGUGUUCCGGCUCAAGAAGGAGCUAUCUCGGAUACAAAAGGAAAUGAAUAAUACUCAGAAGGGUGUCGACACUUUGUCAAGUGUCGAACAAAAGUUGAAUUCUCACAUCAACGGCUGCUACAAUAUAACUGAGGCACAGGCCAUAUUGGAGGAGGUGAAGAAAAUUCAAAAGUCGCUGAUAACCGGCGAGAAGGAAAAGAAGGAACUGAUGAAGAGUCUGGCACAGGUUAAGGACGAUUUAACGAGACUCCAGUUGCGACAGGAGAGUCCGGAUGCUUCAACGUUCAACUUGGCUCAGGACCGUGUAUGCGCGGCUUCUCAGACAGACUUGUCGUCAGAGAACUUCCCCAUGGGAGCUCGGGAGAUGGCCAAAAUGCGUCAGAGGUACGACGAAUGGCGAAAGCGAGUAAAGGAGAUUCAGGAAAAACUUGCAGCAUUGGAAGAAAAAAUAAGACCCGGAGAGGUUGAAUCCGACCAAGACCGGUUACUGCUGUUCCAAGAAAAGAAACAACUCUUGUUGGAGUACCGAAGUAUAACGCCGAAAUCUAGAUCAGAAACGGAGAUGAUGCGAAUACAAACAGUUUGCAAACAGCUAGAGGAAGACUUGAACAUGGCCUAUGAGGAGUCGAAUCAGUGCAUAGCGAACCGAUUGAAGUUGCACGAGGAAAAACAGGCGUUGCUGCAGAAAUUGCUAGAAGCUCUUAAAGAAUUUACUCAUCUCGAGAACCAGUUGAAAUCUCUAUCUGCUAGUACGCUCUCGAUAAGUAGCAGUUCUAGCUUAGGGUCACUAUCAACUGCCAGUAGUAAGGGUUCGCUAAGCGGACUUAGCUUUACUGAUAUCUACGGUGACCCUCUGUCUACAGAACCGCAAAUUGAUAUGGUAGAUAUCAAUCGGCGAGUACAACGAUUGUUCCACCCCAGUUCGGAAGUGCUGUUAUCGCCACGUAGCAGCCUAUCAAUGGAAACCCCUCCUGCCUCUCCGAUGAAACUAGAGUGGAACGGGGGUGAAGCGCAGUACAAGAAUUCUGCUGCAUAUAACGCUCCUGCCCCAAGCUACAACAACACCGAAUACAACCUAGAUAAGCAGAGAUUGGAGGAACAGUUGCAAGAGUUGAAGAUUCGGCAACUAGGAAUAGCCCCACUGUCUCCGAUAUAUGAGAAGCCAUCUUACCUGGAUAUUCCUCCGGCUGUUAUAUUGAGUCGGUCUUCCUCCACAUCCAACACCCGAUCUGUGUCAACAACGGUAAGCGAUGAAUCGGUCGCCGGAGAUUCGGGAGUAUUCGAAGCAUCGCGCGCCUUACUUAUCAACAAAGAAUGCGCUCAAAUUCAAAUUGGUAUUCGUUACGCCGUGGCCGAUAGUACUCUGUGUAUAACGAUAGAAAAGGGCCGUAAUUUCACAGCACUGAGCCUGCCGGAUGGCUGUCAACUGUUUAUUCGUGCAAUUCUGCUUCCUGGAACAGCAACUCCUUUCAUCCGUACUAACGCAGUCACUGAUUUUGUGAAACCAAUUUUCAAAACAAUGCUAAUAUCACAGCUACCGCUGGAUAAGGUAUACACCAAGUCAUUGCACGUAAAAGUAAUGGUUAUCAUAGGGCAGCGUGAGGACUGGGUUGGAAGCACCCAGAUCAGCUUAGCAGAGUUCAAUCCGACGGACGCUAUUAGCAAAUGGUACAAUAUCAUUAGCAGAAAAUCGAUAAACGAAUCGGAAUCGCUUGAAGGUUGCGCUGGACCAAGCGGAAUCAAAGAGGAAUCGUCAGACGAAUCCACGAUCAUCUCAUCACAGACUUCGACGUUGACACGUAAUCAGGGCCAGGAAGAGCUGCAGGCAGUACUAGAAAUGGUCUACGACGAAGAUGAUAUAGACGAUGACGAAGAGGACGAUGAGGAAGACGAAGAGGCUGACGACGAAGAUGGAAUCGAUGAGAAUGCUAAGAACCAAGAUGCGACUCAAAUGAUGUUAGAAGAAUACAUGAAUAGCGUAAAAGGCACGAUUGCUACUGAAGAAGAUGAGGCGGCUGCGAUAGCUAUAGAGAAAGCUGAUAAAGAAACCAACACAGAAUGUGCCUUCCUACCGGAGAAAGGACGACGUCGGCUGAAUGAUGUUGCUCGUAACAGUAACAGUACAAUUGAAGAAAACUCCGUGCUGGACGAUCGACUCGUGAAACGAUCACAAACGUUUUCACCAAGUGCCGUGGCCAGCAAAGCUCGUUACAUUUGCCGCUUAAACCGGAGUGAUUCCGACUCGGCGAUGCACUUCAACAACCCUGUGACGCCACAUCCCUUCAAACGCGGAGCUGUCGAACGAAGAUCACUGCGGUAUCACAACCGAGCACCCAAGGUUUAUCACAAAAUGCAUCCUGCUGUUCCACGGACUAGUCUGGACUUGGAGUUAGAUCUGAAGGCACAGCAAAGCAAACUGGAAACCCUGACAGAUGAGAUAAGCCGGUUACGGGAUCUUAAAAAACGGUUAGAGGUGGCGAGGGACAACAAUGACGUAAAAGUGGCGGCAUGGGCCCUCGAAAACGAGGACUUCCUGAAGUUAAUCAAAAAUGCCGGCAGCGCGACAACACCGGAAGAAAAACAUAUGGCCAAACUGUUGCAUAAAACUUCCAAGGAAAUUUAUAAAUUACGAAAAACAAAAGCCGGCAAAGGAAAACUGGAUCAAAUAUCUUUCAAGGAAAAGAUGGCCUUUUUCACUCGCCGAGGAGUGUCCGUUCCGGAGCUGCCGGCUGACAUUCUGCAACAGGAGGACAGCGAGGAUUUGGGUUCUUCUAGUUCGUGCAAUUCACCGAUUAAAUGUGACGACAGCAAAGCACUUGAGCCGUCACGGUCGUCUUGCUCGAAACCCGGCCCAUCAGAUAACCAGCAGCUGGAAUUUUCCUAUAGCGACGUUGAUCGGACGUAUGGAGUGGAAGUAUGAAACCGUGGCUCCCUCGGCGACAAUCGAUCAUGACAAUCAAUUUGUGUACAGGUAAUAUAUUAGUAGACUACGUUUGGAAUCGCCAAAAACUCUGUUGGACGAUAUAGAGAGGUAUUUAUUUGUUUAGAAUAUUCUAGAAGCCAACAUUGCGCUUUGUUCUGCGAACCAAAGCUCUACAUGCAUUUACUUUAUAAGAUUUUAGCGGAGCUGUUGUUAGAGGCGGAGGAAUCAGUUUUGUAUAUAUGUAUAAGGUAGACUUGGGUUUUGACGCACUGCGUCCCGUGUGCGGCAAAAGUUGCUUGCAAUUUUAAGCCAGUGAGGGUGGGUGAAUUUUUUUGAAUGCGAAAGGGGAGGUGUUUGAUUUCGAUUGUAUCAAGGAGCGCAUAUGCAAAGGGAAGAUAAUAAGCAUAUCUAAAACGAAUUGCUAUCACUAGUAGAGUCAAGCUAAAGUGCAAUAAAUAUAUGUAUGUUAAUGUAUUUUAAACAAACAAAACUACUAAAAUUCAAAUCUUCGAUAACGAGAAUUAGUGCUUCCGGCGGAAAAUCCGUUGCUACGGUUAAGAAUUCGUACAUUUUAGAAAAAUAAUAGCAUUUUGAUAUUUUCACAAUAUAUCUUAAGCAAAAUUGACAUGAUUUUGAACAAUUAACAUGAACAUGAUAUAAAUGGUUGAAUUUAUUUUACCGACUAUGGAGACCUGGCAACACGCAUUAAUGUUCAUUCACUGUAAAGAAUACUUACACCCCGCGCCCGCGCGAACAGCUAUAACUUUUAGCAAAUUUGUUUAUUCAAUCCGGGUUGGAACUGGAUGAAUUUUAUCUGUCAGACAGGAGCAAAUGAACACAAAAAAUUUAUCCAGUUCCAAUCCGGAUUGAAUAAACAAAUUCGCUAUUUGUCAAUUCAAUGGUAAAAUUGAACAGACUCAAUCUCAUGUUUCUGUCCUGAUUUGCAAUGAAGUCAGGCAUUAUUCAACUUCUUUUUGUAACGGUGGUCUUAUUACUAGCCGAAGGGAAUGGUAUCAGAAAAUAAUGAAACAAUGGUCUAUUAUAGUAUCCUUAAGGUGGGACAAGGCGUGAACAGUACGGAAAAUUGGAUAAAGGGAGGGUCAUUGAAGUAACCUUUACUAGAUCCGUGAUUCUUUGCUGUUUUCCAUACCAAGAAAUCCAUCCCUUAACGUAAAAACUAUAUUUAAAUUUGAAAUAAGCAGUUAAAAAGUACGAAAACUCCAUAUGUCUCCUCAACAUUGUAAGGAAUGAGAACAGAGAGAAUGACGACAGAGAGAGAAAGAAAGGAAAGUGAAGAAGUCAGUCGUAUGAUUAGCUUUGAUGAAGAUGGACGGUAAUGGGUGCGAGUUGGAUAUUAUUUUAAUAAAAUUGAUUUAUGUCAAUUGUAUGAAAGUGUGUAUUGCUGAAGGUGUUGGACCGUCAGGACGCGACAAUGGACCACCAGGACGCGACAAUGGUUCCCCAAAGCUUUUACAAAACUAUUAGUUUUUCAAAAUGUCGAACUCUAAAACUUGUAGCAGUCUCUAGCCGUUAGGAAGUAAACUACCACUGCCUCCAAUCGUAAUACCAACUAACGCGUUUGCGUUUGCGGGGAAACAUCUCUCGCGCGGAUCAUUUUUGCCAUCGAAAAUGAUAAUUGUUUUUUUCUUCUUAGCCUUCACUUAUUCAGCGUUGCGUUGAGUUGAGGGUCAGCCAAGCAAAGCAGCUGAGAAUGAUUCUGCUGUUUCGUGAGCAGGAAGUAUUCAAAUGAUUUUAAUCGAUUUUUAUUUAUUGUGUAGAAGUAAAAUGUAUAAAAUGUGCCUUAUGUAACAAAAUACAAAUCGAUUUAUUGACGUUAUUUAAAAAAUCACUAUUGAAAAUGGAACAAGAGUCAAGAACUAGGUUAAGUUUCCAAUCUAAUAAAUAUAAGUAAAAGAGUUAACAAUAAAUGGGUUGCUGUAAGCUGCACACUAACAGAAAGUAGCAAUGCAACCGCUUCUGGUAGUGUAGUACUAUUAGGAAUAUUUCAACACUAUAAACAGGACAUAAAAAAGCAGGGCACAGGACGGAGAUGGCAACAAGGUUAACAUUUUGUAAAUACAGAUAAUCCCUGAGAGCACCGAUUUGGGUAGUUUAUAGUCCAAGCUUUUUACGUUAUAGUAGGAUAAAAUGAUAGCCUGAGCUCGUUCGAACCUCUCUAGAUAGAGAUGUGCAUAAAGUUUAUAGUAUUUUAAAAUAAAGCACUAGCUUUCAAUUGAAAAAAGAAAGAUGUCGACCCGCUGGUCGACCUGUCGCUCCGGGUGUAAUAUAUAGGGUAACGUAGCUUCAGUGCAAAUUGAGACCGGACGACAAGAUAGGAACUUAAAAACUACUUGAUAGCCACAAGCCUCACUGGAAGGCUCACUGGAGAAAAUGAAAGAAUGUGGAGUGAACCAGGAUAAUUGCCAACAUUUGAAAAUAAGGACACAAAUACAAAACAUAUGUCGGACGUAAACAGAGAGAGAUAUAGAAUUUUAGGCUUGAUCAGAGUUGUUCUGGAUAUAAAAUUUGUUAUUUAAUUUUUAUAUAUGUAGCUAUCGCGAUAUAUUUACAUAGAUUUUAUGGCGUCUAAUAAAAGAGAAAAGAUCUGAAAUGC